AUGACGUUCUCAUCUGAGUUAGGUGAUGUUGGAACUGGUGGUGAUAACUCGACAAAAAAAGUAUAUAUAGAUUACAAUGAUGGAGGAGAUGAAAAUAGAGAAGGGGACGGAAAGGUAGACGAGUCUAAAUCUCCUUCAAGAGAAAGGGGUAUAUCUGACGAUGAACAACGAAAUACAGAAGGAAGGAAUGAAGAUAACAGAGGAGAAUUAGCUGAAGAAAGAGAUAGAUCACGUUCUCGUGAAAAGUCAGAAGUUGAUGUAUCUGAGGGAUGCAGUUUACUUGUCCGUAAUCUACGUUUUGAGACAUCUCCUGGUAGGGUAAGACAUCAUUUCGAGAGAUACGGUCCAGUGAGAGAUGUCUAUCUUCCACUUGAUUACUAUACCAGAAGACCUAGAGGAUUUGGCUUCGUGGAAUAUAUGGAUCCAAGAGAUGCACAGGAUGCUGUCAACAGACUAGAUGGAAGUUUACUGGACGGAAGCACUAUUCGAGUUGUUGUAGCACACGAUCGCAGAAAGAGUCCAGAAACUAUGAGAAGAAUUCAGAGAGAUUUGGGAAGAGGCCCCAGAAUGGGAGGUCCUCCAUCCCGCUAUGAUCAUCGACCAUCUGGAGGUUAUCCCCCAGAGCAUGGUUACAGAGGAGGUAGAUAUAGGGAUGAUUAUUAUGGUGGAAGGAGACAAGGUGGCUAUCGAGAUGAUGAUAGGAAUUACAGGCCUAAGAGACGGUAUUCAAGCAGAAGCCCCAGUUACCAUUCACCUAGAGGAAGAAGUGUUAGUAGGUCUCCAUACAGAGGCGGAAGCAUAAGUAGAGAGCACAGUCAUUCGAUUAGUCGUGACCCAUAUCAGGGUAAGAGAUACCGAAAAUAG